CUCACCGGUAAAGAUGCAAGCUAACUGUAACCACAGGCUCAUUCUGGUCUGGGACAGUUGGAAAGCAAGAGGACUUAUUAGUUGUUACCUUUAGUAAUCACAAACAGAAUCUGGUUGCAGCCUCGUCGUCUCCGUACAAUCUUGAGCGAUCAGGAAUUGCAUCCAUAUCAUGAGGACUUCUUGGCUCACGAGACUUUCAACUGCGUUCCUCGCAAUUUCAAUCAUCAUUCCCCCCGUCUGCAGUUUUCAGUCUCCUUUAGUGUCGUCACGGACGCAAGAAGGUCGCCUAACGCAACAUUCUGCAAUUCGGCUCCAAAUGAGUGAUAACAACAAGAGUAACGGCAAGACCGAGUACAGUCGAGAGCUAUAUUUGCGGGAAGAAGCCGAGUCACCCUUUCGCAAGGUCCGAUUCUUUUUUUAUUAUUCUCUGGGAGCAGGGGCAUUGACGAGUUUGGCCGUAUCCGCAUCCCGGGUCGCCGCCGCCUUGGCGGGUAUCAACACAGAUUUGCUUCAAGAAAGUGCGAUCAAUGUGGGAGUUGAUGUGGCUGGCCUGGUCGUCCUUGGUUUGGCCUUUCAGAAAGACAAGGAAGCGCAAGACUCUCGAUUGAAACGAGCCUCGAAAGGCGCCGAGCUCGCUCGGCUUACGGUGCGAGGGUCCAAAUCGAUCAUCACCGGGGAUCUUCCGAAUGUGAACGAAGCGUCCGAAACUUUUACCACAUCUCUCGCAAGUAUGAGACGUGGCAGGGGUAUCGAAAAGCGGGUUGUAAUUGCUGCAGCCGGCAAGGAAAAGAUCGCUGAAAUUCUCGAAGACUCGAUCAAGCUGGCAGACUCACUCGUCAUGAGUGAUUUACUGAUAGUUCCUGUUGAAAUGCCUCAGGGCCUCUCCCCAAAUGUAGAAGGCAAGACUGUACCAGAUUGCGUGGCUCUUCCCGUCGGCAAUGGAUGGAAGGCCAUGGUCAACGACGAAGCCGAAGAAGCAAUCAAACAAGGUGUAAAUAUCGAGAAGGAGGGCAUUUGCAUUAUUCUUAAAAAGAACGGUCGCGUUGGGCAAAGGACGAAAGGUAUUUUCCUGGGGAAGAUGGUCGGCGAAGUCGAGGAGCGUCGGGAUCUAGGCUUGGAUGUCAAAAAUAUUUAG